AGUGAUGGAGUUCCUGGUGGUGCAGGGUCAGGGCAGCUAUGAAAGGCUGAAGGUAGGGGGCAAGGCCCCGGGACCAGGGGGAUUCCUCAGGUUCAAGAUGACUGAGUCUCUACUGAAGGACUGCACAGACAAAAUGAAGUCGAAGGAGCCGAACGUCACUCUGAGAAAAUCCUUUAAGUUAGAGAACACUGGACAGCUGGAAAUUAACAUUCAAUCCACUGAAAUAAACGGACGUCUCUGUGAGGGAUUCGGCUUUAAAGUCCUUAAUUGCCAAGAGUUUUCACUAAAACCCAAUGCUUCGAAAGAAAUCGUCAUAUUGUUCACGCCAGACUUCACAGCCUCCAGGGGUGAUCCGGGAGUUUAAAGUUCAUCACCACCGGAGGCUCUUACUUUGUGUUCUCCCUCAACGCCUCUCUGCCCUACCACAUGCUGGCCGCCUGUGCUGCUGUCCUCCCCAGACCCAACUGGGAGCUGGAGCUCUAUGUCAUCAUCUCUGUCAUCAUGAGCUCUAUGUUUUGCUGGUGAUUGUAGCGGCCUAUCUGGAGGCCCUGGGGAUCUGGGAGCCGUUCAAGAGACGCAUGUGUUUCGAAACAUCCAGCACCUCCAUGGAGACAGGGAGGCCCUUUGACCUCAGGGAAAUAGUACGACUUCAAAGCGAUGCACAUAUGAAUGGGUACGGUGGAGAAGCCAACCACAACUCCCUGCGAGGGAUGCCAGGCUCUGCCUCCAGGGCUGCUAGCAGGAACACCAGAGGAGGCCACAACCGAGGCUCCACACAACCCCCGAUCCCUCCCUCCCAGCCAGGCUCCAAAGUCUCAGACAGCACCCCCUCCUCUGGCCAACAGGCCAGCCGCAAGGCCCGGAGCCCCAAGCAGCCACAGCCAGCUCCAGAGAACCAGCAGCACCCUUCACAGGCUGGUCCUUCAGCCCCAGGAAGAAAUCCCCUAGAUGGGCCACGCCGGCACAGCUCGGAGGACUCGGACUAUGUGAGCCUGGUGGAGACCAUGGAUAAAGACCUGGACAGACCAGAGUCUGCUGAGGAGGGGGGGAAUCAGGAUGCAGUUUAUGGCAAAGCCAGUGCAGCCAAUGGGAAAGUGCAGCAGACCAAAGCCAAGGCCCCGAAGAAGAAGGAAGAGCGGGAGAAGAGGAACAAGGGAAGAGCUCAGGGAGGAGAGGAACUGAGGGAGGACAACGAUGACAGCUCCUCCACCACCACAGAGAACUCUAACCCAGACAUAAUGGAGGACAACAAAGGGAAGAAGAAAUAUGAUACUCCUGAAGCUCACUCAAAGUCCAAGAACAAGAAGCCAGCAGCCAUUACAAAGGAGAAGAGCCAAAUGGAUGCAAAGUCAAGCUCACUGGAGCUUCCAUACGUUACCCCACUGGAAAACAAGCGCAAGAGCUUCACUUCCAAGAACAUGGUGGUGGUGCAGCAGGCCCUGGCCAGCAGCUCAACAACAACAACCAUAACAAGACCCAUACCUCCUAAACCAAGAGUGCCUCGUGUGAAGCUGGAAGACUUCCGCCCCUCUCUCCUGGCUAAGUUCCUGUUCAACGAACCGGUGGUGCAGGAGCUGGGGAACAGCAGCGGCUCAGAAGGGGAGAAGGACAUCUCUCCUCCCCCGGAGUGGGACUGUGUUCCCCUCCACAUAGCACACAAUGCUGUGGACAGUCUCCAGCAGAUCUCCCUGCAGACCAUGAACGCUGAUCCCUUCCUGAAGAGACCCAUCGAAACCCCUCCCCCUCCCUCAUCUGAUCCUUUCCUGAAGAGACUCAUCGAAACCCCUCCCCCUCCCUCAUCUGAUCCUUUCCUGAAGAGACCCAUCAGAACCCCUCCUUCGUCUGAUCCCUUCCUAAAGAGAACCAUCGGAACCCCUCCUCCUCCUUCGUCUGAUCCCUUCCUAAAGAGAACCAUCGGAACCCCUCCUCCUCCUUCGUCUGAUCCCUUCCUAAAGAGAACCAUCGGAACCCCUCCCCCUCCCUCGUCUGAUCCCUUCCUGAAGAGAAACAUCGGAACCCCUCCCCCUCCCUCGUCUGGCUUCUCUCUGUAUGACUCCUAUAGUGGCAUGGUCAACACUGCUACCAGCGAAGUGGGUCUGAUGUCUACUGCAUCAGGCAUAAAGAACAAGCUGACCAAGUUGGUCUCCGUACCUGGUCAGAACGGGAACCCUACCUUCGCUGCUGUGGCGGCUGGAUUCGACAAAAGCCCAGGGUGCAGUGCAACGAAGGCGGCUGUGGGGAGCAGAGACAGAGAUGUCCUCCAACACCUCUCCUCUGUAGAGAGUGAUGGAUCAGACAGCUCGGGGUUGUGGAGCCCUGUAGGGAACGGCAGGAGACCCAGCCUCAACUCUGUCAACUCCUUCUCAGCCUUCGGACCCAGCAACACCUUCAACCUGUCUGGAGUGUUCAGUGGGAUGACCUCUGGAAGGAGUGCUAUGGAGCCCCAGCAGAGUUGGCCUGAGUUCAGACAUACCACCCCGUCCGUCUGGCCAAACGAGUCCCUGCAGCCUCUACAGCCAUGGCCCAUCCAGCCCAGCUCCAGCUCCCCUGCUACCCCCACCACGUCCAUCCUGGGCAGCAGUAGCAUGUGGGGCUCCAGCCCUCCAUUCAGCCCCUCCAUCUGGUCCACCAGCCCCCCCUCUGACUCCCCCCUACACUCCUUCUCUUCUUCCUCUGCUUCCCCCCUGACCGAUCUGAUGGGUAGCACUGACAGUGGAACCCCGCUCCCGGCCCCAACAAAGCCCUCCCCCACGCAGCUGAGCCCCUCCUACAACCCCUGGAGCAUGUGGAGGCCCACCUUCAGUAGACGAAGCUCGGAGCCCUGGCCCAACCAAUCGGACAGCAGCACCGGUUGAAGGGGAUGCCACCGCGGUCUCCUCCUACUGAUAGACUGAGAAGAAGAUGAAUGCAUUUUCCCCUGUUUUGAAUUUCACCAAAUUCCUAUUAUAAUGUACACAUUGGAUUUCUAAGCAAAUUAUGUCCUCAGAAUUAGUCUGUUUCUAUGACGACUUGGCAAACUUAUCAACAAAACAAUAUUAGUAGAAGAAUCAUAAAAGAAGAAUCCUUAUCAGACUGACAUAAUAUGGUUAAAUGCAGCUGUUUUUUUUUUCAAAUACAUCCUCGGUAAUGUUUUUGAUAGCAGUGACGGACCUAAGUGCAAUCAGGAACAAUCUGAGAAAUAAUAUUCUGUUCAUUAUUUAGUACUGCUGUUUUGGCAUUACAUUAGAGUUACUUAUUGGAAUCCAGCACAGUGUUUAAGCCUUAUCAUCGCUCCAUUAGAGAUUAUUAUUUAAGGGUUACAAUCAGUUAAGACUGGCAGUAAAGGGAUUUUUUUGGUGAAAAGUCAUUUUCAUGACUGCUGUGUCAAGUCGAUGCCAGUGGCAUCAGAAGACCAUGACUUUACGUUUCUAUGCCAUUGCAAGCCUGAACACAUUUUGUUUUAUUUUGUCGAACAACAUUCAUGGCCAAUAUUGGCGAGAGAUGCUUUUUAAGUUAUUUUAAUUACCAUGCUAAGUUUUAAAGUCUGUUAAAAGAGAGGGUUUUCAUUUACUUUUUAAACAGUUUGAAAAAUGUUGGUGGAUACAAAGCUUCCCCUCUUUCUGACAUGUUGGUAAUGUGGGACAUUUGUCACAGCUUCCAUAUAAAACAUAUGAGACAGUUA